AUGGCCUUCUCCCACUCAACCUACACUACAACCCGCGCACUCACCUACUCUUACAUUCACAUCCCGCCCCAGCUCCCAAACACUCAAUACCUUCUCUUCCUACAUGGCUUGCCCUCAACCUCGUAUCACUGGCGCCAUCAGAUUUCCUUCUUCAAGGCAAAGGGCUACGGUAUCAUAGCACCGGACUUACUUGGCUUUGGGGAAACGUCAAGACCGACUGAGCUGGAGAUGUACAAGGGUGAGGAUAUGGCAAGGGAUAUCGUUGAAAUCUUGACGUCAGAGGGCGUCGGAACUAUUGUGGGCGUGGCACAUGACUGUUGCUCUAAAUGGAUAGAGGAUUGCAACGAUCCUGACGCUUCAUCCUUUAGGGGCUGUUUCCUUUUGUCACGACUAGCAAAUUAUCAUCCCGAUCGCUUUUCAGCCUAUGUGUACAUCGACCACGGAUACAUGCCCCCUAGCCGUAGCCUCACUACCGCGACGGUACAACAUAUCAAUAGAUCGGUGGAAGCAAAGCUUGGGUUUUCGAUCCUUGGGUAUUUCCUUCUUUUCGAUGACGACGAUGCUCCCACGCUUCUAGAUGAACAUUCCGAAUCGGUAGAGUCACUAUACUUUAGUACCGAUGAAGAGAUCACCAAAAAAUACAAGGGCGCUUUAGGCGGUCUGCGCUCUUGGUUGACCGAGGGUAAGACCACCGAGUUGCCAGCCUAUUUGACAUCAGAGGAUCACAAAUAUUAUAAACACGCCUUCUCCAAGGAGAAAGGUGGCUAUGGACCUGCGAUAAACUGGUAUAGGGCUGGUCUGCGUAACAUCAACGAAGAAGAUGAGCGAAAAAUUACAACGGAUGCCCAUAUCCUAACUCGCCCAACCCUCUUGAUCGCGUCCACGAACGUCAUUACCGCCGCGAUGGAUAUACCAGAGCAGAUGCGUCCUUUCGUGGCCGAUCUCACAGUUGAGCAAGUUGCUGGUGGACAUUGGCUCCAGCUAGAAAAGCCAGUUGAUGUGAAUCAAAUUCUGGAUAAGUUUGUAACGAAGGUUGGAAACUGA